AUGAGGAACGACGCAGGUGGUACAAUGGUUGUUGAUCUCCAAACCGAUCCAUAUAACACUAAUCACAAUCGCCACGACCGAGACAUAAGCGAUAAUGGUCACAAUCACAAACCGAGGCCGAAAUUUGGUGAUCUCUUGAAAGCUGACCACGACGGAAAUCUAUUAGCUUCCGUAGAUCCCAUCAUUGUCAACACCAACUUAACUCACCACCGGUUUAGUAGCGUCUCCGGCGCCUCAACCAUGUCCAUGAGCAGCGGUCCGGCCAGCGGAGAAGGCUCUCCUUGCGUAAUGUCGCCUUGGGCCCGCGUGUCUCCCCCUUGGGCUGCGGAUUUCAACGACGACAAUGUCCUUGAGACAAAUGGUCUCAUUGGAUCUAUUGUACGUGAAGAAGGUCAUAUCUACUCGCUAGCCGCUUCAGGUGACCUUCUCUACACGGGCUCGGACUCCAAGAACAUUAGGGUUUGGAAGAAUUUGAAGGACUACGCCGGUUUUAAAUCCAGUAGUGGUCUAAUCAAGGCCAUUGUGAUAUUCGGAGACAGGGUCUUUACCGGCCAUCAGGACGGGAAGAUCCGUGUUUGGAAGGUUUCGAAGAAAAGGCCGGGGAAGCACAAGAGGGUUGGAACAUUGCCGACGUUUAAAUCGAUGGUCAAGAGCUCUGUAAACCCUAAGCAUUACAUGGAGGUACGCCGCAACAAAACCUCCGUGAAGACGAAGCAUAACGACGCAGUUUCGAGUCUUAGCCUAGACGUGGAGCUAGGGUUGUUGUACUCGAGUUCUUGGGACACGACCAUCAAAGUGUGGAGACUCUCCGACUCGAAAUGUUUGGAAUCGAUACACGCUCACGACGACGCGAUAAACUCGGUAAUGUACGGUUUCGAUGACUUGGUGUUCACGGGAUCAGCGGAUGGCACGGUUAAAGUUUGGAAACGUGAGAUGCACGCCAAAGGAAUGAGGCAUGUGUUAGCUCAAAUCUUGCUCAAGCAAGAAAACGCCGUCACGGCGUUGGCCGUAAAAGCAACGUCUUCUAUAGUAUAUAGCGGUUCAUCGGAAGGGCUAGUAAACUACUGGGAGCGCUCGAAGCGCGUGUUCGUCGGCGGAGUGCUCAAAGGGCACAAAUCCGCUGUGCUAUGUCUUGCUGUGGCGGGAAACUUGUUGUUGAGUGGCUCCGCCGACAAGAACAUAUGUGUCUGGAGGAGGGACACGUCGGACGGAUCACAUCAGUGUCUGUCUGUUUUGACGGGUCAUAUGGGACCGGUCAAGUGUCUAGCCGUGGAAGAGGAACGGGCUUGCCGUAAAGGAGCAAAAGCCUCUGCGGUGGCUGACGGAGACCGGAAGUGGAUUAUAUACAGCGGAAGCUUGGACAAAUCGGUGAAAGUUUGGCGCGUGUCGGAGAGGAUGGCCACGUGGAGGGAGAUGGACGACGAGGCAGCAGGAUCUUCAGGGCGGAAGAGCUCUUCGUCUCCGCACGAAGGGAGUGGCGCGUGGAGUUCACGAGAACUGGGAAAAUAA